CGACAACUAUCGUUUUACCUUAAAAACAUUACGAACACCCACCAUACACCAGUAAACGGUAUGUUCUCUGAAUGCAUUUGCAUCGUAGUGGAAUAGUAGGUUUGUAGCUAUACACCCCAUCACUACAACAUACCCUAGAAGUAAUAAUUUCAGCAUUGCACUUUAUAAGACGCUUUCAAUGCCUCAGUUAUCUUCCGUAACACAAGAGGAUAAAUCCAUUAUCCGGAAAUAUAUUCCGAAAAGCACGAACAAAAUCCUUGCCGCUGGCAUCGCAAAGUUAUAUGUCGCAUAUCCCGACCCAAACCGAUGGUCGUAUACUGGACUAUGUGGAGCAGCUGUCUUAUGCUAUGAUACGACACUAAAAUGUUGUUGGUUAAAGCUUGUUGACGUUGUGGGAAAUGGCGGUGUUUUGUGGGAUCAAGAAUUGUAUGAAAACUUUGAAUAUUUCCAAGAUCGCACAUUCUUCUAUUCUUUUGAAAUUGAUCAAUGUUUUGCAGCGCUCAGUUUCUCUGACGAAAGCGAAGGAUCGAAGUUUUAUCGCAAAGUAGUUGAAAAAGGUUGCCAUCCAGAAUCUAUAGAAAAUUCCGUUCUCUCUUUUCUUACACGUAAGGGAUCCAAACGAUCCCCCGGAAGUAGACAAACCUCAAAUUCUUACACCACACCUUCUUAUCCGACAGGAGAACCUGGUCCUAUAAAGGGAAAUUCGCAAAACCUAGACCUCGAUCCCAGCCUUAUCCAAUCUCUUGUGAAGAUGGGCAUUUCAGAAGACCAAAUUAUGCAGAACGCCGAUUUCGUCAAAUCCUAUCUACACAGUAACGUUCCCGAACCUUCACAUACAUCAACCUCACCAUCUGCACCUGCCGUUCCUCCUUCUCUCCCUCCUUCAUUACCUAGUCACAACGGAUCGCCUUUGUCUGCUCCUUCUGUACCUAAUCAUGCUCUUAACGGGACAGCAUCAACUUCUUCUCAUUUACCUCCACCUCCACCUCCCCCACCAUCUUCGACAUUGAAAAAAUCAUCUAUACCUCCACCACCUCCUCCGAAGUCUAGCUCAUCUGCCCUCGCUGCAAACAAGAAGCGAGCACCUCCUCCACCUCCAUCCCGUAGGAACAGGGUCAAAUCACCGUUAUCAAGUGCCGGGUCUCCAGGUUCUGCCUCACUAAAUCUUCCUCCACCUCCACCACCUCCUAAGAAUACGACUCCUGCUCCUCGUGCAUUCAAUGCACCUCCACCACCCCCUCCCCGAUCGUCUACAGCUCGGAUCACACCUCCGUCUUCCUCACAAGCUCCUCCGAUCCCGGACCGCUCUGUCCCAAGUUUUUCUCCACAUGAACACGCUACUACGAUUAGUACGCAACCUUCUCCAGCCUUGCCUGCUACAUCACCUCCUCCGUUACCGACUGGUGCUUCACCUCCUCCACCACCACCUCCUGCUCCCAUGCCAGCAAUUUCUUCUCCAGUUCCACCUCCUGCGCCAGCGCCAGUUCCCCCCAUGCCUUCUACGAGCGGUGAUUCGGGAGAUUCAUUAGCUUCACCUCCAAGUGGUAGAGCUGAUUUGAUGGCAAGUAUCCGUGCUAGUGGAGGUGUGGAUAUGUUGAAAAGUAGAAAAUCUACCGCUUCUCCUAGUGUUAGUUCUGCACGAGGUUCCAAUCCUCCACCGGAAACUCCUUCUAGUAACAAUCUAAUGGAUGCACUUGCCAGUGCAUUGAACAACCGUAAAACGAAGGUUUCCCAAAGUGAUGAUGAAGAUCAAGACGACGAUGAGUGGGAUUAAAAAGAGUAACGAAAACUUUUUCACGAAUACCUUGGAAAAAGAAUUUUUGUACGUGACAUGUUCAUCUAAAAAAUUCUCAAAGUACUAUGUUUUUACUUUGCCCGCUGACUAUUUUUCCUUGGACAUCUUGUACAUCAUUUGGUAUUGUAAGAAUGUGAGUCGUUCUUUUGAUAAAAUAUAUGUAUUAUGCUGUUUUGUUAUGACUUUUAAAUUUUUAAGUGUAUAAAGCUUAUUCUACGAAUACUUGUAUUUUUCAAUUUGCAGAAUCAUUCAUUAUUCAGUACAACCCCAUUAGUAUUGGAAAUAGCAGAUUGUACUGAUGUCGUUAAAUUGUCUAAUUAGUGAAUGUUCGUUUACAAAAGUCUGGUAAGAGAGAACAGGAACAGGCCUUGAGCAGUCACAAAAUUUCGGUAGCACAACAUUUGACCCAUAAUGGAAAUGUCCUUCCACAACCAAAUACUCAAGUUUUGGUCAAAUAG